CUCCCAGGCGGCGCUCGGGGACUGCGAGUGCCGGGGAAGAAGCCGGGCUGGGGGCGCAGCCCGGCGCCCACCGGUGGGACCCCGCGAGGCGCGGACGCACAGACCGACGGCCCGGCGCACCCUCUGCCCGCCGCAGCUCGCUCUCCAAACUCCCGCUGAGUUGUGCGUGUGCACGCGAAGGGUGGGGGCGGGGGUCCGGGCGCUUCCCGCGGGGGGCUGCCUGGGGAGAAGGGUUUCUGGACUCGGAGAAGGGUCAGCUGCAGGCUCGGAAAGUGCCGAGGAAUUAGGCAGACAAAAGAGGCCACUCAGCUAGUGGCCAGAAACUGCCCGGGCACCUCGUCGCGCCCCCCUCCAUCGCGAGGGUGGGGGCUGACCACUUGGGGGUCGCGGGGGCAGCGACGGAGAGGGAGCUGGAACUCGGGGGACCUGGCGGGGCCGGGGUGGACGGGUCGGGGGUCUGUUGUGUAAGCCUCGGUCCUUGUUUUCGGCGCCUGGCUCCUUGUGAAGCCGGAUGCAUCCACCCUUGGACUGGAUUCAGGAGGCUGCUGCUUUUCUUCUUGCCCCUCUUGGAUUUUCUGGAUGUUUGAAAACCCAGUGGCCCAGGAGGAGGAGGAGGAAGGAGGAAGGAGCAGAUCUGCGGAGGAAUGUGAGCGCCUCCCAAGGCCUUAGGAGCCAGAAGGAGCUGGGAGCCAGCGCGUCUGUGCCGGGGUCUGGAGCCGAGCGGGGCUUCGCGAGGAUUCUCCGCGAGUUCUGAACGUCCUUCCCAAGCGAAGAGUGGGCUUUCUGCCGUCUGGGGGCCAGUUUCUCCCAGUCACUCAACUUUUAUUUUUCUGGAAGUGAGAGGAAGGGAGGCUGGGAGCCCCUCUGGGGCUGCCAAGGGACUAUGGACAUGCACCCGCGCCGCUCCCAGGCGAGACCUGACCAGGCAGUUUCUGGGCCCCAGACGUUGCUUUGAAGACGCGGAGGCUGGACAGCAUCUGUGGGUGCCAGAACCUUAGGACCGGGAGCUCGAGCUGCUGUGUGACUGUGCCUGCACUGCUGCUGCAUUCACGGACCCUCCAGGGGGCCGGGAGAAGGACCCUUUCCUUCUCCCUCUCUGCCACCCAGCUAGCCAUGGCACUGAGGGGCCGAGCCCUGUAUGACUUCCGCAGCGAGAACCAAGAGGAGAUUAGCAUCCAGCAGAAUGAGGACCUGGUCAUCUUCAGUGAGACCUCGCUGGACGGCUGGCUGCAGGGCCAGAACAGCCGGGGCGAGACGGGGCUCUUCCCCGCCUCCUACGUGGAGAUCAUCCGUGGGGGCCCCGGCGCCAACCACGCCGACUACUUCAGCAGCGCUACCUCUGCUGUGUCUCUGGGUGCCCAGGUGAGCUGGUACGACAGCCCCUCCAGGGGCGGCGUGGGCAGUGGCUUCCUCUCCAACCAGGGCAGCUUUGAGGAGGAGGAUGACGACGACUGGGAUGACUGGGACGAUGGGUGCACAGUGGUGGAGGAGCCUCGGGCCGGCGGGCUAGGCACCAACGGGCACCCCCCUCUCAACCUCUCCUAUCCUGGCGCCUACCCCAGCCAGCACAUGGCCUUCCGGCCCAAGCCGCCCCUGGAGCGGCAGGACAGCCUGGCGUCCGCCAAGCGGGGCAGCGUGGUGGGGCGCAACCUCAACCGUUUCUCCUGCUUCGUGCGCUCGGGCGUGGAGGCCUUCAUCCUGGGUGACGUCCCCAUGAUGGCCAAGAUCGCCGAGACCUACUCCAUCGAGAUGGGCCCUCGGGGCCCCCAGUGGAAGGCCAACCCCCACCCGUUCUCCUGCUCCGUGGAGGACCCCACCAAGCAGACCAAAUUCAAGGGCAUCAAGAGCUACAUCUCCUACAAGCUCACGCCCACCCACGCCGGCUCCCCCGUCUACCGGCGCUACAAGCACUUUGACUGGCUCUACAACCGCCUGCUGCACAAGUUCACUGUGAUCUCCGUGCCGCACCUGCCCGAGAAGCAGGCCACGGGCCGCUUCGAGGAGGACUUCAUCGAGAAGCGGAAGCGGCGGCUCAUCCUCUGGAUGGACCACAUGACCAGCCACCCCGUGCUGUCGCAGUACGAGGGCUUCCAGCACUUCCUCAGCUGCCUGGACGACAAGCAGUGGAAGAUGGGCAAGCGCCGGGCGGAGAAGGACGAGAUGGUGGGCGCCAGCUUCCUGCUCACCUUCCAGAUCCCCACGGAGCACCAGGACCUGCAGGACGUGGAGGACCGGGUGGACACCUUCAAGGCCUUCAGCAAGAAGAUGGACGACAGCGUCCUGCAGCUCAGCACCAUUGCGUCGGAGCUGGUGCGCAAGCACGUGGGGGGCUUCCGCAAGGAGUUCCAGAAGCUGGGCAGCGCCUUCCAGGCCGUCAGCCAGGCCUUCCAGAUGGACCCCCCCUUCAGCUCCGAGGCGCUCAACAGCGCCAUCUCGCACACAGGCCGCACCUAUGAGGCCGUCGGGGAGAUGUUUGCCGAGCAGCCCAAGAAUGACCUCUUCCAGAUGCUUGACACACUGUCGCUCUACCAGGGCCUGCUUUCCAACUUCCCCGACAUCAUCCACCUGCAGAAAGGCGCCUUCGCCAAGGUGAAGGAGAGCCAGCGCAUGAGCGACGAGGGCCGCAUGGCGCAGGACGAGGCCGACGGCAUCCGCAGGCGCUGCCGGGUCGUGGGCUUCGCCCUGCAGGCUGAGAUGAACCACUUCCACCAGCGCCGCGAGCUCGACUUCAAGCACAUGAUGCAGAACUACCUGCGCCAGCAGAUCUUCUUCUUCCAGCGCGUGGGGCAGCAGCUGGAGAAGACGCUGCGCAUGUACGACAACCUCUGACCGCGCCUCACAGACCCCGGCCCGAGAGGGCUCUGGGAAGCCCCCCACCCCGCCAGGUGGGGCCCGGCACGGGGAGGGUGGAGCCGGGAACCCCUGGCUGGACCAGGGCCGUGGGUCAGUCACAGGCUGCAGGCCGGGGCCGUAGCAUCCCCGAGUCCACACGCUCACGCGCCCGGCCACCCCCUGCUCCCCUCGGCAGACACCGGGGCCUGCCAAGUCCCCAGCCCAGGUCACACGCAGAUUCAGACAAAGGUCAUGCACAAGGCUGGUGGCAAAUAAGGGGCCUCUGAUACGCACAGAUGGGACCCCUCGGUCCACCUGCAGGUGUGGCCACGGAGCCAGGGACACCUUGGCAGGGUGACAGGACCUGCCAGUUGGGGAUAGGAGUGGGGCGACAUGAGCCUCUUCCCUGGGCCCCAGAUACCAGUAUGAGUGGGGGACCCAGGAACCUGGGGGCCUCUGGGCAGGAGCACCCGCAGUUAUUGGGGUUCACCAGCACUCGCUCUCCGCCCUCCGAGCAGCUCCAGCACCUCGCCCCUGUGUUACUGAGCGGGGGUGCAGGGCGAAGCCCAGGGUCCCGGGCCCUGCCCAGCGCCAGCCUCCCUCCCCCACUGCCGGUGCCGUCUCACCCAGGUUUACGUCCUCCAGGGGAGCCCCUGCGGCCCCACCCCAGUCCAGGGCAUGGUCCAGCAGCAGGUUGGGGUGGGGGGACGGGCCCCCCGGAGGUCAUGGCUGCUUCUGGCCACUGCUGCUUGAAUUUCCUUUCCCCAUAAACGUUUUACAGUGAAGUCGGCGCUGCGUGGCUGAGCC